GCGAGAGGCGCGGGCGGCGGCGGCGGCGGGAGCGGCGGCUGCUGGAGCAGCGGCGGCGGCGGCAGCAGCGGGCGCCCCGCACCCCCGAUUGCGCCACCCCUUCAGUCGUACGGGCGGGACCUGCACCACUUGCCGGACCUCAGACUGUCCGGUGGUGACCCAGCCCUCGUCGGCCCCCGCCGCUGUGACCACUAGGGACUCGUCCGCCGAGUUUGCCGGCCAAGGAGGGAGGCCGAGCGGCGGAGCGCACUCCGCUUCCCCGCACCAUCUCGUGGAUAUCUUCGCCCGGGUCGCGAGAGAACUUUGCAGCUGGGUUGGAGCUCCCUUUGCCGGGAGGAGGACGUAGGAAAGGAGAGAAAGGAGGCCGAGGAAGAAGGGUCCGGGCCAGCCGUGCGGGGCGAGGUGCCCCGAUGCGCCCCAGGAUCGAGGAGCGGCGGCGGGCUCGUUCGGGGCUGCACUGCGGGGAGUAGCCCCGUCGCGUCCUGGAGGGUUUGUGCAACCGCGAGAACACCGAGUGCCGGUCGCACGGGGCGUGCCGAGCCGCCCUCCCGGCGGCGCGCCCUCCGCACUUUUCCCCGCCUCGUCAUCCCCUUCUCUCGCCGGCCGGGGCUGAGGCUCGGGACCGCAGGGCGCGGAGCUUCUGAUCCGAUCCCGACUUCAUCGUCUCCCCGGGAGCUCCGGGGCUGACGCCGCGGUGCGGAUCCGCGGGGGUUGGCCCGGAACGCCGCGGAGGUUUGUUUUGUGUGGCGGGGGGGGGGGUUCGCGGGGGCGCAUUGCCACCUGCACCUCGCUCGCUGCUACCGCUGUCGCGGGUGGAAAGAAGAACCCAGAGAGGAGGCAGAGAUCGGGAACAGAGCAAAACAAAACAAAACAAAAUAGCCCGUCUGGAUUUGUGUGCCCGGGACUCUCGGCGGGCGCGCGGAUCGCCGAGGGCGGGCGGGGGGAGGUCCAGCUGGAGUCGCCGCGCCCCCCAUCUCCGCCCCGGGAGGCCUGGGCCCCGAGGGUCGCACCUUAAACCCCGCACGCGCCGUCCCAAGGGGGGCUUGUGGCGCCAACACAGAUUUCUUGAGACAGUGGGGCCCCAGGCGCCCCGCGAUGUGGCCCUGAGGGCAGGGAGCCCGCACCGGCUGGAGGAACAAGGAGCCAGCGGCCGGCGCCCAGUGGCCGGGUGUGUGCGCCUCGCCGCGCGCGCUACCCGCGCCGUCCUCGUCCGCCUGGCUUCCUGGCUUUAAUUUUUUUUUCCUUCGGUGGGAUUAAAGUUGGAAAUUGAGCGGAGAAUUGAGUUGUCCGGGAACAGAGCCGCGGCAGCCGCCAGAGCGAUGUUCCCGCAGAGCCGGCACCCGACGCCGCACCAGGCUGCAGGCCAGCCCUUCAAGUUCACCAUCCCGGAGUCCCUGGAUCGGAUUAAAGAAGAAUUCCAGUUCUUGCAGGCGCAGUAUCACAGCCUUAAAUUGGAAUGUGAGAAACUGGCCAGUGAAAAAACAGAAAUGCAGAGGCACUAUGUGAUGUAUUAUGAAAUGUCAUACGGAUUAAACAUCGAAAUGCACAAACAGACUGAAAUCGCCAAGAGAUUGAACACGAUUUGUGCCCAAGUCAUCCCAUUUCUGUCUCAGGAACAUCAACAACAGGUGGCCCAGGCUGUUGAACGUGCCAAACAGGUGACCAUGGCAGAGUUGAAUGCCAUCAUCGGGGUACGUGGCCUACCAGGUCUACCUCCUACACAGCAGCAGUUGCAAGCUCAGCAUCUGUCUCAUGGCCAUGGACCCCCCGUGCCCCUCACGCCUCACCCUUCAGGACUUCAGCCUCCUGGCAUCCCACCCCUCGGGGGCAGUGCCAGUCUUCUUGCACUGUCUAGUGCUCUGAGUGGGCAGUCUCACUUGGCAAUAAAAGAUGACAAGAAGCACCAUGAUGCAGAACACCACAGAGCAGACAGAGAGCCGGGCACAGUCUUGCAGAGUAAUUCCCUCUUGGUUCCAGAUAGCUUAAGAGCCACCGACAAACGCAGAAAUGGGCCUGAAUUUUCCAAUGACAUCAAGAAAAGAAAAGUGGAUGAUAAGGAUUCUAGCCACUAUGACAGUGAUGGUGACAAAAGUGAUGACAACUUAGUGGUGGAUGUAUCUAACGAGGAUCCUUCUUCUCCACGAGCAAGUCCUGCCCAUUCACCCCGGGAAAAUGGAAUCGACAAAAACCGUCUACUGAAGAAAGAUGCUUCCAGUAGCCCUGCGUCUACAGCCUCAUCAGGAAGUUCCACAUCUUUGAAAUCCAAAGAAAUGAGCCUGCAUGAAAAAGCCAGCACGCCUGUUCUGAAAUCCAGUACGCCGACGCCUCGGAGCGACAUGCCAACGCCAGGCACCAGCGCCACUCCAGGCCUCCGUCCAGGCCUCGGCAAGCCUCCAGCCAUGGAGCCCCUCGUCAACCAAGCGGGAUUUGGUUUUCAUUUGGAGUUGGUACCAGGGAAUGGAAAGUUCGGACUGAAGGAGAAAUCUUGGAUUUUAUCGAGAAAAUCUUCUUUUGAGAUUAAGUCAGCAGCUGGUUUGAGGACACCCCUGGCAGUGCCUGGCCCGUACCCUGCUCCUUUUGGGAUGGUCCCCCAUGCCAGCAUGAAUGGAGAGCUCACCAGCCCCAGCGCCGCCUAUGCCAGCUUACACAACAUGUCACCACAGAUGAGUGCUGCCGCUGCAGCUGCAGCUGUGGUGGCCUAUGGGCGCUCCCCGAUGGUUGGGUUUGAUCCUCCUCCCCACAUGAGAGUACCUACCAUUCCUCCCAACCUGGCAGGAAUCCCUGGGGGAAAGCCUGCAUAUUCCUUCCAUGUUACUGCGGAUGGCCAGAUGCAGCCUGUCCCCUUCCCCCCUGAUGCCCUCAUUGGACCCGGAAUCCCACGACAUGCUCGUCAGAUCAACACCCUCAACCAUGGGGAGGUGGUGUGUGCCGUGACCAUCAGCAACCCCACGAGGCACGUGUACACGGGCGGCAAGGGCUGCGUCAAGGUCUGGGACAUCAGUCACCCUGGCAACAAGAGCCCCGUCUCCCAGCUGGACUGUCUGAACAGAGAUAAUUAUAUUCGUUCCUGUAAAUUGCUACCUGACGGCUGUACGCUCAUAGUAGGAGGGGAAGCCAGUACCCUGUCCAUUUGGGACUUGGCGGCUCCCACCCCACGGAUCAAGGCAGAGCUGACAUCCUCAGCCCCGGCCUGCUACGCCCUGGCCAUCAGCCCCGACUCCAAGGUCUGCUUCUCCUGCUGCAGUGAUGGCAACAUCGCCGUGUGGGACCUGCACAACCAGACGCUAGUGAGGCAAUUCCAGGGCCACACAGACGGAGCCAGCUGUAUUGACAUUUCUAACGAUGGCACUAAACUCUGGACGGGUGGUUUGGACAACACGGUCAGGUCCUGGGACCUACGCGAGGGACGGCAGCUUCAGCAGCACGACUUCACCUCACAGAUCUUCUCCCUGGGGUACUGCCCAACUGGAGAGUGGCUGGCCGUGGGCAUGGAGAGCAGCAACGUGGAGGUUCUGCAUGUGAAUAAGCCCGACAAAUACCAGCUGCAUCUCCAUGAGAGCUGUGUGCUCUCCCUGAAAUUUGCUUAUUGUGGGAAGUGGUUUGUGAGUACUGGAAAAGACAACCUCCUCAAUGCUUGGCGGACCCCCUAUGGAGCUAGUAUAUUCCAGUCCAAAGAGUCCUCGUCAGUGCUUAGCUGUGACAUCUCUGUGGAUGAUAAAUACAUAGUCACUGGCUCAGGCGACAAGAAAGCUACAGUCUAUGAAGUCAUCUACUGACAACAUUACAUGAUUUAACAUUUAUAGUUGAAUUGGGCCAAAACGUUUUGAAUUUGUAGAAAUAGAAGAGUUGUAACUUUAAAGCAAAAGAAAAACCAUGAAAAAAAACAACAACAACAAACCAACAAACCUGUUUCCAAACCUUGACACACAACUACUUUGAGCCUACGAAGAGGAGGCAAUGAAUCUAUCAACAGAUGCCGCCUGUCUGCCCACCUAGACCAAAUGGAGAACCGAGGGGCCAAGGAUGUGGGAUUUCCAAAUGGCACCUGCUGCCCAAGCUGCAGCCUGUUUCUCUCUUUCUGGGGAAUCUGUUGCUCGCCCUGGCCCGAGUGUGAAUCUACCGCGCAGUUCCCCGCGUUGCGUCCUUUGUAGAGCAGUGGUGUCUCCAAUGAACUUGUUUCCUGAUUUUUGCAUCUUGUGAAAUGUUUUUUGUUUUGUUUUGUUUUGUAUUUUUGUUGAAGGUUACACAUUUGUAUAAAUUGUAAAUAUAUUUGGUUUAUUACAGUAAAGGCUUUAGUACCAAUAAGUGGCUCUUUUUUUCCUCCUUUAUGGUUUGAUUUUUUUAAAUCAAGGCUUUGGGUCAUGAAUGGAUUUUAUGAGAAACUUGUAUACUGGAGGCGGUUUAUAAAUGCACUUCUUAAAUAUAUUUGACCAAGAACUUCUGUUAAAUUAGGAUUGAAUCCAUCAGGCACUUCUGAGUUAACUAGAAACUUAACAAUGUGAGUAAGUGAACGUAUAUUAAUAACAGUUUCAUUUAGUAAGCUAAAAUUUCUUCAUCAAGAUUCAUUCUUUGUUAUGAGAUUCUUGUGAUUCUAGGUCACAAAUUAAAGUUCUACCUUUUCCUGGUGA